CUCGCAUCUUCGUUUCGUCGGAGUUUUCUUUCAUCCGACUCAAACCCAUGAUUCACCGAAUUAGCACAGCGAUACAAAACCAUCUAACCUUCCAACUAUUCGCGUCGAUUCAAGUACAUUCAUUUUCUACCAAUCAUGACUAAUUCGGCUUUCAACACGCCUCCACAAACUCCGCCAAACUUCGAUGCAACCCCCGAAGAACUCAUAUCGAAUACCAGGGCUAUCAUUGACAAGACACGAAGCUUGCAAGAUGCUAUCAUUGCUUCGGUACCUCUAAAAAAGGCAACCCUUGCCAAUGUCUUGCUUCCACUCGCUCACGAUGAGAAUGCUUCACUUUGCAAGAGGAAGAUUUCCAAAUUCUACAGCUCAACAUCCACAUCAGCAGAAUUGCGUGAAGCAAGCAAUGCUUCCGAGGCACUCUUCACUGCAUUCGAUUCCGAGACAUUGAUGAGGAAAGAUCUCUUUGAACUAGUCCAUGCCGUCUUCGAGAGACGUGUUAAUUUGGACAAUGAGUCGCAGUUCUAUCUUGAAUACAAACACCGCGAGUUUGCAAGAAACGGCAUGGGAAUCAUUGAGUCCGAGAAACAAAAGAGAUUCGCUCAGAUUAAGGUAGAGCUUCAUGAAAAGCUCAUUGCCUCGAGAAAAAGUAUUAAUUCAAGUUCUGGAAUCUGGCUCGGCGAAUCGGAACUUGAUGGUGUGCCGGAUAACAUACGGAAAGGUUUGAAAAAGGGAGAAGGAGAGAAGGCGGGGAAGUUGUGGCUCCCGUUCAAGAAACCACAUUAUGAUGCGGCAUUGAAGUAUGCAAAAAAUCCAACAACGCGGAAGAAGAUCUAUGUCGGUAACGACAAUCGGUGCCCGGACAACGUGCCAAGGGUGAAAGAGAUCGUACUUCUGAGAGACGAAACUGCGAGGUUGUUGGGAUAUGAAAAUCAUGCUGAGUAUCAACUCGAAGUGAAGAUGGCAGGGUCAACAGGAUUCGUCAACGAUUUUCUCAGCGGGUUUCGGGAGAAACUGACAAUGAUUGCAAGAAAAGAGCUUGAGGCUUUGAAAGCAUUGAAAGCCCAAAAUCUGGAGGAAACGGCACUGCAAUCAGGCGUCGGCACUGACACGUUCUUUACCUGGGAUUAUAAUUUCUACUCCAACAUUAGCAAAGCCCAAAAUCAUUCUUUCGAUGAGAAGAAGUUCUCCGAGUACUUCACGCUGGAAAAGUCACUUGCUGGCAUGAUGACUACAUUCUCGCGCCUGUUCGGGCUGCAAUUUGUCGAGAUCAAACCAGACGAGAACUCAACUUUCGGCAACGAACAUGUGAUGACCUGGCACGACUCAGUGUCUGUGUUCACUCUUUGGGAGGGCAGCGAGGACAGCGAUGCGUGCAAUCAAGGAGAGUUUGUGGGAUAUCUAUACCUCGACCUCUUUCCACGCGACCACAAAUUCAAUCAUGCGGGACAUUAUCUUCUCCAGCCAGGAUAUUUUUCAGAAGACGGAGAAUACCAUUAUCCUUCUUCGGCGCUCGUCAUGAACCUCCCUACUCCACAGCCGGGAAAACCAACACUACUAUCCCAUGACUCAACUCGUUCGCUCUUCCACGAACUCGGUCACGCAAUUCAUAACCUCGUAUCCAGGACCCAAUUUGCAAUCUUUCAUGGCACUGCUACAACUAGAGACUUCGUUGAAAUCCCUAGCAUCAUGCUUGAAAACUGGUGGUGGACUCCAAGCGUGAUCAAGGAACUUGGCUGUCACUACUCAUACAUCUCCGAGGAGAUGCUGAAAGCGUGGGAAGAUAGUGAAGGACGAGAGAAUGAGAGACCAGCUGAAAAGUUAGACGAUCAGAGUAUCCAGAACCUCGUUGCGACUAGAAGGUCGAACGAGGCGUUGGCCACACUGAAACAAUGUCACUUUGCAAUAUUCGAUAUGGCAAUUCACUCGCCCUCUUCUCGCGAAGAAGUGGAAGGUAUGAAUCUUUCUCAGAUGUGGAACCAAACGAUGAGCGAUAUUACACUAAUGAGUGGGUUGGAAGUCGAAGGGGAGGGGUGGGAGUGGGGUCAUGGUUGUGCGAGAAUAGGUGCAUAUAUCAGAGGUUAUGAUGCAGGAUACUACGCUUAUCCUCUGGGUAAAGCUUACGCUCAAGAUCUGUUCAAGUCAAUGUUCGAAGUAGAUCCUAUGAGUAAGGAGGUCGGAAUGAGAUAUAGACGAGUCGUGCUGGAGAAAGGUGGAAGCCGCAAUGGGAUGGAACUUCUAGAAGAUUUUCUGGGACGGAAACCCAAUGCUGCGGCGAGGUAUGAAGAGCUGGGUUUGGCGGGAGGUCAGCUCAACCCCUCUCGUUGCUAGUGCGCAAUGAUUCAUCAUGUCUCACAAAUCCAGCGCACAUUAUUAUCUGCUUCUUCUAGGUACCUUCAGCAAUUUGACUACUAAUCAGGCUAGUGUUCUUAUCUUUGAGACCUACCAUUCUUGGAAUUUGAUCUUCUCGGACUUCACUUCUACGACUGUGCAUGCUGUUCAGAGGGACGGACUCCGCGAUGAUAGAUUCAAUUCGGUUGCUAGCUACGUCAUUAAUCUCUGUGUUUGAGGAUUUUGCGUUGUGUGAGGGAUGUCCGUUCGUUUCUGAUCCUAUAAUCUUACGACGGAGAAGUCCCUUUUAGGAAAAUGGUGUUUGGCGAGAUUCAUCCAAUUGGUCUUUGGGUCUUAAUACGAUCUAGAUUUGUUGUGCAUGCUU